CGCGCCAAGGCAAGAUCAAUAUUAUAAUCCAGCCAUGUCUUUGGACGCUGUCUCUCCUUCCUCUCUAACUUGGAGCUCCAUCACAAUCGAGCAGUCUGAUGAUUGUGCUGCACAGAGAUGACAGGUCUCAGUCUUCAUAUUAGCCCCUUGUUCGUCGCAUCAGCGGGACUUGGUGUGACUGUCCUGCUCAACAUUCGAGCCAUCACCACCAUCGCACAACGGUUGCUACAUACGAAGCAUGUAGAAGUUGUGCAAUACGAUACUUAUGAAGAUGAAGAUGGUAUCGCCACCGAGGAGACUGUCAAUGAAUACAUAGCCUACACUCGGAAGCUGCUGUAUGCGGUUGUGUUUCUGACUAUUGCUGGAUUUGGUCUUUCCCUGCCAAUUGCGAUCCUCAACACGUGUGGAUCCUUCGGUGAGGAUGACCUUUUAAUUGAAAGCUGGCUUCAGGUUGCUAGCUGGUCCACCCUUGGCUUCAAUGCAGUGGCAAUAACCGUGGAACCUUCACCAGUGAAAAAAUAUCAACUUGGUGCCUAUGGAUUUUUCGCCAGUUUUUUGGCAUUCGUGGUACCAUUUAUUGAAAUUUAUUUUGCUCAAAAAUUCGGAAAGAAACAAUACUUUGACUUGACACAUAUCGUGUUGUUGACUGCGCACUCUGUUGUUGGAUUGGUUCUUGGUCUUACCUAUGUAUCAAUUCCACGUCGUCCACACGUUUUUUUCGACAAUAAGCCAGUUGAUCGACAGUAUACAAGCCCUUUAUCGCAUAUAAUCACAUUCGGGUGGGCAGACCAUCUCCUUCGAUUCGCCAUUCAAAACCAGGGCCUCGAGAUCGAUAACUUGCAUUAUAUUUGUAACUCUAUGAGGUCGAAAAAUUUGCACAGUUCUCUUGAGGCUACCAGAGGAUCUUCUCCCUUGUGGAAGGUGCUAUUAAAACUCUACUGGCCGGCACUUAUUUUCCAACACGCGUUGACAUUUACUGGUUCCUUUCUGCAGUUCGCUCCCCAGGUAGCUCUGUUUGGUUUACUUAAAGCUCUCGAGGAUCGCGAAGCUGGUCAAGAAGUGAGAUGGAAAAUGUGGGCUUGGGCUAUCGGACUUGGUAUCCUUAAAAUGAUCUCCUCCACGAUUGAUUCUUAUCUGUACUGGGUCGUCUACACAAAGCUCGCUAUGCCGAUACAAGAACAGCUCGCUGCAACUGUCUUUGCCAAGGCAAUGCGGCGGAAAGAUGCAAAGGGGCCCGAGAAAGCUGAUACCAAAUCUGAUGGAUCAGAUUCAAAAGAUCCACAGGUUGAUGACCGGGCUAGCAACGCAGAAUCGGACGAUGACGACGACGAUGACGAUGACGACGAUGAAUCAGGAUUAGGGAAAACUCGUCAAAGUAUUAUCAAUCUCGCUGUGGUUGAUGCGGAGUGUGUCUCGGAUGCAGUACAAUACAACCAUUUAUUACCCACAUCCAUAUUGGAAUUAGUCAUCGCCUGUACAUUUCUAUUUCAGAUUCUGGGUUGGAAAGCUACGUUAUCUGGUCUCUCAGUAGCAGUCAUCGUACUCCCUGUCAAUAUCUACACUGCGAAAAAAUAUGCUAAUGCUCAGACCUCUCUGAUGAAAUAUCGAGACCAGAAAGUAGCAGUUCUUACCGAAGUACUGCAAGGUAUUCGCCAAAUUAAAUUCUCUGCUCUAGAAUCGUCCUGGCAGAAGAAAGUUUCGGAUGUUCGAGAAUUGGAAUUAGCUGCACAGUGGAAGGCACUUGUGUAUGAUAUUGCCCUUUUGACCAUUUGGCUGCUCGGUCCUAUCAUGCUCUCCGCUGUUUCACUCGCUGUCUAUGCUACCAUCAAUGGCCAGCUUACUGCCUCCGUUGCUUUUACUGCAAUGUCAAUCUUUGAGACUCUGGAAGUUUCCUUUGCUGUACUUCCCGAAUUGAUAUCGGAUUUAAUUGAGGCAUGGGUAAGUUUGGGUCGGAUCGACAAGCACUUGAACUCUCUUGAAAAGGUUCAAGUAACGAUCCCAUCUGACAGGAUAGCAUUUGAGAAUGCAAGCGUCGCAUGGCCAGUUGAUGACGAUGAAACGCCACUUGAAGAGCGAUUUGUUCUGAAGAAUCUCAAUAUCUGUUUUCCCAACAAGGGACUGAGUGUUAUAUCUGGAAAAACAGGGUCUGGGAAGAGUUUAUUACUCGGUACAAUCCUCGGUGAAGCUGAUAUUCUUGAUGGCGUUGUCAGAGUCCCUCAACCUCCACCCCUCGAAGAACGAUAUGACAGCUUAGCGAACAGUAAUAAUUGGCUCAUUGACUCAUCGAUAGCAUAUGUUGCACAGAUACCAUGGAUUGAGAACGCCAGCCUUAAAGACAACAUUUUAUUUGGCCUUCCGUACGAUGCUAAUCGGUACCACAAGGUUAUAUCUGCUUGCGCAUUAACAAAGGAUCUCUCUAUGCUUCCGGAUAAAGACUUGACCGAUAUCGGCGCCAACGGUAUCAAUCUGAGUGGCGGUCAAAAAUGGCGGGUUUCAUUUGCUCGAGCUCUAUAUUCACGAGCUUCGAUUCUGGUAAUGGACGACAUUUUCAGCGCAGUAGAUGCACAUACUGGACGACACCUUUUUGAGGAAGCUUUGACAGGGGAGCUUGGCCAGGAUCGCACUCGUAUUCUCGUUACCCAUCAUGUGGAUCUAUGCCUUUCACGAACAGAUUACGCGGUUCUCCUGGAAGAGGAUACUGUCCGUUGUGGGACAAUCGAAGAGCUGCAGGGGUCGGAUUCACUAACCUCUAUUUUGCUUGGAGAACACCAUUUAAAAGGGCCUGGAACUGAAAACACCAGUGGGAAGGACAAUAAUUCAACAUCUGGAGCCUUUGGUAGGGUUGGAGAAUUCUCGCACGUUGCCGAACCAAGUGCGGAUCAGGGCGACCAAGAAACUGGUAGACAAACUAUACCUAAGAAAUUUAUGGAGGAUGAAACACGUGCAACAGGAUCUAUAAGACGGGAAGUCUAUAUAAGAUAUUUUACGACCGGAGGUAAUAUGUCUCUCUGGAUGCUAGGCCUUGCAGUUACCAUAGCUUACGAGGCGAUUACGGUUGGAAGGUCGUGGUGGGUUAAUAUCUGGACUGCGGAUGCAGAACAACCUUACGGAAAUGAAAGUGUAUCUGCCGUGCAUCUGUCUCUUAAUCAAUUUCCAAUGGCGUCAAAUGGGACUACCAAUCUUGCAGCCAGCGCACAGGACAAUCUCCUCAAGUUCUACCUUGGAAUAUACGUCGGACUAUCGCUCCUCGCAUGUAUCAUCGGCUCACUUCGAUACUUUUGCGUUCUCUACGCGUCACUUCGCACGUCUCGGAGUCUUUUCAAUGAAUUAACUUAUGCUGUUCUCCGUGCACCGUUGAGGUGGCUUGAUACAAUUCCUGUUGGCCGCAUCUUGAACCGAUUUACCUCUGAUUUUCACCUCCUUGACUCGAGAUUAGGCUACAAUAUCAACUCCGUUGCAAAUCAGGUGCUUGAGAUUUGCGGUGUUAUGAUUGCCGGUGCGCUUGUUUCGCCCUGGUUGAUUGUUUUUGCCAUUGUUCUCUUCUUCACAUGCCUUCAUUUUGCUGGCCUAUAUCUGACUGGUGCCCGGGAGAUUAACCGUCUUGAAAGCAAUGCUAGAAGUCCGAUACUGGAACAGUUUGGUUCUGCCCUUGCUGGUCUCGGAACCAUACGUGCCUUCACAAAGAAGAAUACAUAUAUUCAUCAUAUGUAUGGCUUGAUAGAUCGCCACAUGCAAGCUUGGUAUCAUCUAUGGCUAUUUAAUUACUGGUUAACAUUCCGCAUGAACGCAGUAGGUGCCGUGUUCACUGGGACUAGCGCUUUGUUAGUUGUCAUCAUGAAUGGUACCUCGGCAUCCCUUGCAGGAUUCGCGCUGAGCUUUGCGUUGAAAUACACUGACAUAAUCGAAUGGGCCCUUCGCCAAUGCUCGGAUCUAGAGUUGGAGAUGAAUGCUGCCGAGCGGGUUGUAGAAUAUUCAAAUAUUGUCAUUGAGAAUCAAGAGGGUCAGGAUGUACCCGCUUCAUGGCCUUCACAGGGAAACAUCGAGGUCGAAAAUUUAGUUGUCUCUUACGCACCAGAUCUACCUCCUGUUCUACGAGGGCUCAACUUCCAAGUGGAGCAGAAUCAAAGAGUCGGAGUUGUCGGGCGGACAGGUGCUGGGAAAUCCUCUCUUACCCUGGCUUUAUUCCGCUUCUUGGAAGCCCGCGAGGGCCGUAUCGUCAUUGAUGGGAUUGACGUAUCGAAGAUCAAACUAUAUGACCUACGCAGCCGAUUGGCGAUUAUCCCUCAAGACCCCGUUCUUUUCUCCGGUACCGUUCGGUCUAAUUUGGACCCAUUUGGUGGAAAUUCAAAUGCCGAGCUGUAUGAUGCUUUGGAAAGAGUGCAACUGAUUAACGGAUCUGAGGACAACGCUUCACCAGGAACAAUAACGCCUGGAAGUAGUAGCAGCGGAACGAUUGUCAAGGACAAUAAUAACAACACUAACAUUUUCAAAUCCCUCAAUUCACCCAUUUCAGAGGGCGGCCUUAACCUUUCUCAAGGUCAACGCCAAUUGCUUUGUCUUGCUCGUGCGAUCGUAUCGCGACCGAAGAUUAUGGUGCUAGAUGAGGCUACAUCUGCAGUCGAUAUGGCGACUGACGCCUUGAUCCAGCGCUCCAUAAGGUCGGAAUUUGGCCGUAACGCGACUACACUUCUCGUCAUUGCGCAUCGACUUAGUACGAUUGCCGAUUUUGAUAAAAUCCUAGUUAUGGAUGCGGGAUGUGCGGUGGAAUUUGGAACUCCUAAGGAAUUGAUGGGAAUUGAAGGAGGCGUAUUUCGCUCAUUGGUGGAAGAAAGCGGAGAAAGAAAGAAUUUAGAGGAAAUUAUAUUCGGAUAGAUGGGUAAUAUAGACUGUACAGCAUACAUGGAUACUAUCUGUUUCUGUAUAUGUAGGAUAUAGAGUGAAUAAUGUAUAUACUUAGGUUUCCUUUUUAUCUAGACGCCUCUUUCCUUCUAAUCUGACAAUAUUCGUGUUUCUCACACUUUAAUUUCGUUUGUACGCAUCUUGUUCAAACUUGCGAUGAG